AUGGCCGACGGGGAGCUGACCGUGGACAGCCUCAACCGCCUGCUGGACAUACGUGGAUGUCGUCCAGGAAAGAUUGUGCAGAUGACUGAAGCAGAAGUUCGAGGAUUAUGUGUCAGGUCUUGUGAGAUCUUUCUCAGCCAGCCUAUUCUUUUGGAAUUGGAAGCACCACUGAAAAUUGGUGGAGAUAUUCAUGGACAAUAUACAGAUUUACUGAGAUUAUUUGAGUAUGGAGGUUUUCCACCAGAAGCCAACUAUCUUUUCUUAGGAGAUUAUGUAGACAGAGGAAAGCAGUCUUUGGAAACCAUUUGUUUGCUCUUGGCUUAUAAAAUAAAAUAUCCAGAAAACUUCUUUCUUUUGAGAGGAAAUCAUGAGUGUGCUAGCAUCAAUCGCAUUUACGGAUUCUAUGAUGAAUGCAAGCGAAGGUUUAACAUUAAAUUGUGGAAGACCUUCACUGAUUGUUUUAACUGUCUGCCCAUAGCUGCCAUUGUGGAUGAGAAAAUCUUCUGUUGUCAUGGAGGACUGUCACCAGACCUACAGUCUAUGGAGCAGAUUCUAAGAAUUAUGAGACCCACUGAUGUUCCUGACACAGGUUUGCUCUGUGAUCUGCUGUGGUCUGACCCAGACAAGGAUGUACAAGGCUGGGGAGAAAAUGAUCGUGGUGUUUCCUUCACUUUUGGAGCUGAUGUAGUCAGUAAAUUUCUAAAUCGUCAUGAUUUAGACUUGAUUUGUCAAGCUCAUCAGGUGGUAGAAGAUGGGUAUGAAUUUUUUGCUAAGUGGCAGUUGGUAACCUUAUUUUCGGCUCCGAAUUACUGUGGCGAGUUUGACAAUGCUGGUGGUAUGAUGAGUGUGGAUGAAACUUUGAUGUGUUCAUUUCAGAUAUUGAAACCAUCUGAAAAGAAAGCCAAGUAUCAGUAUGGUGGACUGAAUUCUGGUCGUCCUGUCACUCCACCUCGAACAGCUAAUCCACCGAAGAAAAGGUGAAGAAAGGAAUUCUGAAAAGAAACCAUCAGAUUUGCUAAGGACAUACUUCAUGAUAUAUAAGUGUGCACUGUAAAACCAUCCAGC